CGUGGCUGGGCUUAUGUGCUUAGACACGUCUGGUCAAACUGCUAACAUAAAAUCAACAACUACUGCGGCCAUUCUUACAUUCUACCAAAAAAAAAACCGAAAGUGCACUUAAACAGCCCGAAAAAAUAACAAAAUAACACUGUGAGCGGACGAUGCAGCACCGCCAACAAAAUAAAGUGUGAAAAGAAGCGAUUGAAAACCCGCAACGUCGCCUUGCGAAGCGGGAACUAACGUGUUUGGCUGGCCUGUUUUUUCUCUCUCAUCUUUUUCGCCAACCAAAAACCAGGCUAACAGUGAUUUUUUCGCGGGGGACGGGGUGCGACGAGCGAAAACCCGUAGAAAAGAAACCGCCCGAAAGGAGCGCCCACCUUGGCCAGCAACUUCAGCUCAGCGCCCCGAACCAAAAGUGAAAAAAAAACAAAAAACUAAGAGGAAAACUUAAGUAAAACGGGGGCGUCUAUCGCGUGCAAGUGUGUUAGUUAGUCAGUGUACGUGUACGUGUUGGCCAGAACAAGUUGAUUGCGCGUGUGUGCGUGUGAGGGGUUUUUGAUGUCUGCGCUGUCUUUUUUCCCCAGCCGAGGUGAGCACACAGGUGAAUUAUCGGUGCAUUCGGCUGCCUUGGCAACAAUUCCAGAAAACAACACCUACAAAACAACAACAACAACAACCGCCCGCACUAUAUAAUACAAAUAAUAGACACGUUUAAAACCAAACAACAAAAUCCAGAAAAAUGCUCCGUUUUCUAAGCCGUCGCAAGGUGCGCAACAACUAUGUGGAUAAUUCCAGAGGGGGCGGCGGUGGCGGCGGUGCAACUAGUUCCGCGGUGGGCGUGGCUGGGGGUGGUGGCGGCAGUGCCACCUCCGGAGGCAGUUCGCAAAUAAAGCCACAACGCAUUGUGGUCAACAAGAACAAAAUCGACUGCCGCGUCAUUCUGCUGGACAACACUGACCUUUCCAUCGAAUUAUCGAAAAAGGCAUUGGGCAGCUUUUUGUACGAACAGGUAUUCUACGCACUAGACAUCAUCGAGAAGGAUUACUUUGGGCUGCAGUUCAUGGAUGCCAAUCAUGUUAAGCACUGGCUAGAUCCCACCAAGCCCAUCAAGAAGCAGGUCAAAAUUGGACCGCCCUACACGUUCCGACUGAAGGUGAAGUUUUACUCUUCGGAACCCAAUACACUGCGCGAAGAGCUGACCCGCUACCUGUUCUUCUUGCAACUGAAACAAGAUCUUCUCGAGGGGCGACUCGACUGUCCGGAUGACAAGGCCACCGAACUCUGCGCUUUGGCCUUACAGUCUGAGCUGGGCGACUAUGACAACCAGGAGCAUUCCGCCGCCACCGUCUCUGAAUUCCGUUUUGUGCCCGAGCAAUCGGAAGACCUGGAGAUAGCCAUACUAGACGAGUACAAGACGUGCCGGGGUCUCACGCCUGCUCAAGCUGAAACAGCAUUCCUGAACAAGGCCAAGUGGCUGGACAUGUACGGCGUUGACAUGCACACGGUGCUCGGAAAGGAUGGCUGCGAAUACCACCUAGGCCUUACGCCCACCGGCAUUCUCGUUUUCGAACGAGAUCAGAAAAUCGGACUGUUUUUCUGGCCCAAGAUCAGCAAGCUGGAUUUUAAGAAAAAGAAACUUACUCUUAUUGUGAUCGAGGAUGACGACGAGGGAAGAGAGCAGGAGCACACCUUUGUCUUCCGGCUAUACAACGAGAAGGCGUGCAAGCAUCUGUGGAAGUGCGCAGUGGAGCACCACACUUUCUUCCGGCUCAGGGCGCCGGUUAAAGGUCCUUCAGCCCGUCAAAAUUUCUUCCGUAUGGGCUCCCGCUUCCGCUAUUCCGGUCGCACCGAGUUUCAGACCACGCAGCAGAGUCGAGCCAGGCGAACGGUGCAAUUUGAGAGACGGCCAUCACAGCGAUUUGCCAGCCGGCAGUCGCACCUGUUGCGCGAACGACAAAAGGCUUCGCAGGAGGCAGCGGUGUCGGCUGUGGCCUCGGUUAAUGCUCGAGCUGCUGCCGCUGCGGCUGCCGCAGCUGCAUCCCAAUCACCUGCGCCAGCUACUCCCUUAAUAUCUUCCCAAGUAUCGACUCCAACUCCUAGCAACGAUAACAAUAACGACGCCUUCGACUCGCUCAUUUCCACGGAUCAAUUCAUCACUGUAACACCUUCGCCUUCGGUGCUUACUGUCAUUCAAAACUCGGCCAUUAUUGAACCGGAUGCAGCCUGCAGCGGUUCCAUCAGCUCCUCUUCCCAGGCAGCAGCCAACUUCGCCUCGCUGGGUCGCAACUCCCUUAAGUCCAACUUCAGCAACGAGGAUCCGGCAUACAGCAAGAUUGGAUCUAUUGGCAAGGCGGCAGGGUUGACUGUAAAAUUGGAUCCUGACUUCACACCACCAUACUCACCAAACGCCACUAAGAACUUCGAUGAAACCAAUCCAUUUAGAAAUGCAACAAGCUCCCAUCACGGCAGUUUUGGCAAGGCUUCCAUUAGCUCCGGCCAGCUCAGUGUUAAGAGCGGCUUGUCGGAUAAAGAUAGAGAGCUAGACUCAUUGCUUAAGUCCAUUGUCAAAGAUCCAUCCCCAUCAGUGCUAGCAAACGAAGCCAUUAAUGAUGCUAACAGUAUCAGGGUGACCAUCAACAAGACCUUCGACAUGGACCAUAACACGGAGACAUUGAAGCGCCUCUCGAACGCCAACGAGAAGCCCAACAACCAAGUUAAGCUGGCCAAUGUGAGCACAACGGCUCUGCCGCCUGGCAACAUCAAGUGCAAUAUUCUAAAGGCUCGCGUUGAGGAGGAGCUGGGUGCCGGAGGCAACGCCAAGCUUACCAAUCAAAUGUUCGUACCGGCCGCCCAUAGCAGCAACAUGCAUACGAGCAACACGAACUGCAGCAAUAGCAACAGCAGCAGCAGCAACAACCAUGCACACAGCGAUGGACCGGAUUCCCUGAACGCCACCUACAUAUCAGUGGGAGGCGAUAAGCUGACGCUCAGCAUACCGGAACAGAAGCCGUCGACGGGUAGUAGCAGCAGUUCCAGCACCUCGAGCACGACUACCACCACCACCAAUGGAAUUGCACCCUUUAGUAAUGCCACCUUUGUGUCGGGAUUCAGUGCACCACUCACUCCGCCGUCGUCGCUGACGACGAAUCUGAAUAAUACCGGAAGCGCGUGCAAUACCACCCUUACCAGUGUGACCACCAUCAGCACGCCCAGCAGCCCCACCGCCACCGUUAGCACGACCGCCUCGGAGUCAGUGGCUCCCGCUUUGAGCAAUGCCUCGGCGGCCGAAAUACUCAUUAAUGAAAUAUUCAUUAACAACAUCAUAAACAACAAUGCCAGCGGCAGUAUCACCGCCGAAACUGCUGCCAAACCGGCGGGCAGCUCCACGCCCAGUGCCGGCACCUUGCUCUUCUCCACGCUCAGUGAACAGGAGCGCCUGGAAUCGCAGAAAACGAACCAUCAGAUGAAUCAGAAUAUAAAUCUGAAUCAAAACCACAGCGAAGUCGAUGCGCCGCCGAGUGAAAAGAAAACUGCGAGCAAUUAUCCGGACAGCAGUCGCAUUCCGUUUCCAUCCAGCAGCAACAGCAAUGACAUGGUAUCGCCCUGGCUGGUUUCGUCGGAGGUGGUAUCUGCCCCCAAGGGACGCGAGCCGGCCAUCAUUCGAAAAUCCGUUAUUACAACCCAGUUGUAAUUAUUGUUUAACAGUAAUCCCUACUCCGCGUAUAAGCUAAAUGUUCUUAUUUAUAAUCGCUAGCUAUGGAAAUUUAGACAGACGUAAUGUAUUCGUAUUUUAUCGUAGACAAACUUAGACGAGUUUUAAGCAUUCCAAGCGAGAGCAACGAAAAAAGACAAUGAGAGAGCAGGUCCAAUCAAAAGCAUACUGUCCCUAAAUGUGCCUUAAUGAUCUAUAUUUAUAUACUUUACAUAUAUCGAGGAUAUAUCAUACACCGAUCGAGGAACGAAAUGUGCUAAACCGUGUACUUAAUAAAGUAUUCAACCGCUAACUGUAAGUGUAUAGACUGGAUUUUUAACAGAAAGAAAACGUGAUGAUGGGCGUUCUGCUUAAUAUACUAGGCUUAUAUUAUAGCUAAGAGAUGUGAGGACCGUUUAAUGUGCAGUAUUCCAAUUAACAAGUAGCAGACCACUAAGAACAACGAAAUUUUCAACUGCAGCCGCAAAAUCGACUGAAAGUAUACAAAUCGAAAUGAGCUAAAUUAAAUGAAAUUGUGCGAGUAUUUUUGUAAAUGUAUUGUACGCCGAGGGUCCCAGAACCGAAAAAUGACUUACCACUCACCAACGAAAUGUUAAGUGCAAGCAAUCCACUCAAUUAUUUUUGUCUAAGCAUACAGCGACGAUGUUGAAGCAUUUAAAUGUAUAAUAUAUUCAAUAAAAAGUGCAUUUAUGCAUCAUGUAUACAGUA